AUGCCAUCCUUAAGUUACUUUCUAGACAGAACAAAACAACUGUGUGAGUCUAUACUGUCGUUGAAGUUUCAAUCUCCUGGGAUAUUUACAAAUUCGUUCAUAAAAGAACCCUCAAUAACUAGCUUAUUAAAGGAUGCAGAGGAACAUGAGCAGGCGCUCUAUAAAAUAAACAAGCCAAGGGGAUUUAACAACCUAUCUAAGCCGUUGAUUCCCAAUAAUAAAAAUGAUAAAGAAAAAGAAUCGAUACGGAUGCAGCUUGAAAUGAGGCCAGAAAGAAUCGAUGGUAAAUCAUGCUAUGUUGAUUAUAGUUUCAAUGAUUUCACGAAUGUAAACAUGAAUAACAACAAACAAGCGCCUCCCUCAGAACAGGCCAAGAGAACUGCUGUAAGGAUACCUGAGAUAGUAAAAGAGUCGAUUGAAAAUGUACAUGAAAAUAACGAUGUCCCAAGUUCACCCGAGAAAAUCAUCAACGUGAACUUAAUACCGGAGUCGAUAAUCCUGUCAGACAACAUCAACGACAUAUGUGAAACGAUAUUGGGUUUGAUAAGAAGGUAUCCCAAUUUGAUCCAGGAAAAUAAGACGGCACCCGAUGCGUCAUUGUUAAGUGAUAUCGUAGUUUAUCAUCAGGAAUACAACAGUCUUACCAACGAAAUCUACGAGUUAGAAGAGGUGGUGGCCGAACAAAAGGACCAAUUGAACUUCUACAAUAUCAAUUUGAGCGAACGAAGCCCCAUCGAUAGAAGCCCAAUUCGAGGCCACAAGAGAUCCCACGAAGAAUCGUCAGACGAUACAGAAAACCCUGACGAUAGUGUAGAUAUCGACGAACUCAUUGCACAGGAAGAGAGCGAGAUACAGGAAUUAGAGGACCAAUUGACUAAGCGUCAGAAGAUUAGCAUAUGA